AUGCAUACUUAUAUGAUUCUCGUGUUCAAGAAUUUAUUUUUAGAACGGCGUGAGAGAGAUCGAGAUAAAGAAAAAGGCGACGAUCGCUAUAGUAAGAAACAUGAGGCUAGUUUCGAUUUUAGCUUCUGCUAUUUUAUUUCCUAUUUGUCUUCUUUAGGAAUGAGAAAAAGUAGACGUUGUCUUCGUCUCGUUUUUAUUUGUGCUAGUAACAUUACAAUCGGAUCAGGCUUUUUCGUUGUAGAAAUCACGUCUUUCACCUUGGACUCACCUGCAGGGCCUCAGAAAUAUUCGAAAUUUGAUAGUAGCCCGGAAGCUGUUGGUCAUGACGAACAAACUCCGGAGCGUAGCCCUGGUAUAAAACUGGAGUAUAGUGAUGUGGAAAUGGAUGUAGAACCGGAGUUCGACCCGUCGACUGCAACCUAUGAAACACUAACCGAAGAGCAAAAACUAUCGCCCGACACCAAGAAAAGAUUGGAAGAUGAUUGGCAAGCUCGUCUGAUAGCACAGUUACCUAUCUACUAUGCUUCAUAUAUGGGUUGCCGAAAUGUAAUUGAAUUCGACUGCGUUAAUCGGGUAGAAGAGGGAACAUUCGGGGUUGUCUAUCGUGCAAAAAAUAAGCGCACAGAUGAGAUCGUGGCACUAAAACGGUUAAAGAUUGAGAAGGAACGAGAAGGUUUUCCAAUUACUGCACUGCGAGAAAUUAAUAUGCUAUUGAAGGCUGGAAAACAUGAGAACAUCGUGAAUGUACGGGAAAUAUUAAUAGGCAGUAAUGCUGAUAAAAUUUAUUUGGCGAUGGAGUUCGUGGAACAUGACAUGAAGAAUCUGAUGGAUACUAUGCACAAGCGAGGAAAACGAUUUAGUCCUGGAGAACAGAAAACAUUAAUGAGGCAGUUGCUAUCGGGUCUCAAACAUCUUCAUGACAACUGGAUUCUUCAUCGUGAUUUGAAGACUUCCAAUUUGCUAUUCUCACAUAAAGGGAUUCUAAAGAUCGCGGACUUUGGCCUUGCUAGAGAAUAUGGCGAUCCUCUUAGGCCGUACACAGCUGUUGUUGUUACAUUAUGGUAUCGAGCUCCAGAGCUUCUGCUCGGUCAAAAGCUUUACUCGACUCCUAUAGAUCUUUGGUCUGUUGGCUGCAUAAUGGGAGAAUUUGUUCAUCUUAAGCCGUUAUUCCCAGGAAACGGAGAGCUCGAUGAAAUUAACAAGAUAUUCAUGGAGCUCGGGACACCUUCAGAAAGUAUUUGGGAGGGUUAUACCGAUCUUCCAGGUCCAAAAAUGCUUGGAAACUAUCCGUACAACCAGCUAAGAAAGAAGUUUCCCGCUGCUGUUAUGAAUGAAAGCGGCUUUAAGUUAUUGAAUAGGUUUUUGACGUAUGAUCCUAAGCGGCGUAUAACUGCGGAGGAAGCGUUAAAUGAUAAGUGGUUCACUGAAGACCCAAAACCAACUCCACCCGAAAUGUUCCCUACUUUCCCUGCAAAAAGUGAGCAGCAUCGAGCACCGCCUCCGAAACAGCACUGGCUCGAUACGUCGGUGAGCCACGACGAAGCAAAACUCCUCGCUGAUCUCAAGGUGCGACCAGAUCAAGUUACAUCCGGUUCCUUCUCGUUGAAAUUUGACAAAACAAGGUUCUAA